AUGGUUGCCAUUGUCAACGACCUCGCAGCGCGGCUCUGGGCCGGCCUAGGCCAUAUUACUUUCACCAACAUCUUGCUAUACUUGGUCUUACCGUACCUAGUGUAUUGGGUUGUUGUGUUCAUUUACCGAAUCACCCUUCACCCCCUGGCCAAGUUCCCUGGCCCAAAGCUCGCAGGCGCCACAUUCUGGUAUGAGUUCUACUACGACAUAUGGCCUCGCCGCUACCGGUACACGUGGAAGAUUAAGGAGCUUCACGACAAGUAUGGCCCCAUCGUGCGCAUCAACCCCAUCCACAUCCACAUCUACGACCCAGACUACCUCGACGAGAUCUACGCCUCGGGCAAGCACAAGCGCGACCGCGACCCGUGGUUCCACCACGCGGAGGAGCAGGGCAUGAUGGCCUGGUCCCUCCUGCAGACCAUGAGCCACGAGAGGCACCGGAUGCGCCGCGCCGCGCUCAACCCCUUCUUCAGCAAGCGCGCCAUCCAGCAGCUCGAGGCCGUGCUCGCCGACAAGGCCGAGGUGCUGACGGACCGGCUGUCGCGGGCCCACGCCGAGGGCGCCGUCGUCAAUCUCAACUACGCCGUCGCCGCGCUGUCGCUCGACAUGGCGACGUCGUACGCCCUGGGCUACGACGGCGGCAACCUGCGGCGCGAGGACUGGGGCGCCGACUGGCUCGACGCCUUCCAGAUGGUCGGCAAGCUGCACCCCGUGGGGCGGCACUUCAAGACGCUCGUCAACGCGGGCGUGGGCUCGAUGAGCCCCCGCGUCGUCGGCUGGUUCAGCCCGCAGAUGGCGCUCGUGGCGCGCAAGCUGCAGUUCCCGCUCGAGACGAUGCGGGCCGCCGUCGCCGACCGCGCGGCGGCGGCGGCGAGGGGCGAGCAGCGGCUGGCGGCCAACUCGCGCACCGUCUUCGCCGAGAUUCUGGACAGCGACCUGCCGCCCGAGGAGAAGACGGCCGGGCGGCUCAACGCCGAGGCCGGAUCCGUGCUCGGCGGGGUGGAGACGACGACGCGGAGCAUGGGCGUCAUCUUGUACUUCCUCGUCGAGCAGCCCGACGUGCUGGCGCGGCUGAGGGCAGAGCUGAGGGCGGUGAUGGCGACGCCGCAUGCCGAGGUGACGACCGCGGCGCUGGAGGCGCUUCCGUAUUUUUCUGCCAUUAUAGCAGAAGGUCUUCGCAUAUCUCACGGCGUGGUCAGCCGCUCGCCGAGGAUUGCGACCGAGGAGGAUCUGCAGUACAAGCAAUGGGUGAUACCACGAGGCACGCCUGUGAUGCAGAGCAUGUUCCUGCACCACACCCACCCGCGCAUCUUCCCCAACCCCAUGGUUUUCAAGCCCGAGCGCUGGCUUGAGGAUCCGCAGCUGAAGCCUCGAUAUGCCAUGUACUUUGGCAGAGGGUCUCGCGCCUGCCUCGGGAUGAACCUGGCCUACUCGGAGAUGUACUUGACCAUAGCCAAGAUCGUCAGCCGCUUUGACCUCGAGCUCUACGAGACCAUCCGGGAGCGGGAUAUCGACGUGUCGCAUGACUGCUUCAUUGGAGCAACGCGCAUGGACAGCCCAGGGAUUCGUAUCAAGGUCGUCAGGGAGUACAAUGUGUGGCCUGAGAUCUGA